AUGUACAACAUGUUUGUGGUGGUAACUGGAGUAAGACAAGGGGCAGUGGCAGGACCCUCCCUGUUCAAUUUCGACAUCUAUGACACUAUACGAAGAACGGCCGAGAACAGUCAGUUUCCUGCCGACAUCUUCUUAACACCAUCAGGGUGCCCCUUGACCGAUCCCGAGUACGCCGACGAUGUUGUUAUAUUCGCGGAAAGCAGUACGAAACUUCAACAUGUUGUCAACCUUGAAUCGAAGCUGGCUGCAGCCUAUGGACUACGUUUACGCCUUGACAAAUUCAAGCAGAUGUGGAUCUCAUCGAAAUCUCGAACGGGAACCAGGGUGGACGGACAACCGAUAGAAUUCGUCGAUGAGUUCUGUUACCUGGGCUGUACGCUGAAGAACAACGGCAACCACGAGAAAGAUAUUCAGCAAGAAUGCGCUAAGGAAACAAAAAAAGCAAAAUAG